GGAUGAUGGGAGUUGUAGUCCCAAAACAUCUGGAGGCACACUGGUUGGGAAACACUGGGUUAGGCAGCGGUUUCCGUACGCAGCAUCUCUUUGGGAUUCAGGUGUAGGCCUUUCCUGCAGGUGAUAGAAGCCAGAAGACUUUGGGGUCAGAAAUAGCACCGGGAAUGCUAUUUCAAUAGCCUCCCACGGCAUUGAAGGCAGAUCAGGUUCUACUGGUAAGAUCUCUUGAGUGAUCUGACGUAGAUUGAAAAGGAUUCCCAAUUUCUUAAUGGUGGCAGUGAUGUUACAUAUUAGUUCCCCUCCCCCACAAUUAACUGCUGAGAGGAAGAAUGCAGGGCAGGUGUGGGAAAUGGACAGGCAACAAGGAGUGGGGUUUUUUGUAUGUUAUCUCAGUUCAUGUCUGAUAGUUGGCAAAUUCUUGGGCUCAGAAUUCUUUUAAUGGCCUGCCUUCUGCACCAGGUGGGUUGCAAGGUUCUAGUAAAAAUAUAUGUAUCCCAAAAUAGAACGUGCAAGAAUGAAGCAUGCCCACCUUGGCUUUAAGGGACUAAGAGAAGCCAACUUUUUAUGACAUUUUCUCAUAUGAAAGCAAAAGGACUUGAUUUUGCGGAUUCUUCCCUGCCUAAACCAAACAUUGGCCAAAAUGCUAAAAAAAACCUAUCCAAAUUCCACACCAGAGAAAGCCAGAUUUUUCCCAGGUGCAGAUUUGAAUUAAAUAAAUCACCAGAUUGCUUCUAAAUUUGAGCAGCUCGUCCCUCCUUUUUGCACAAUUCCGCUUUUACUAGUCAUUGGUCCGAUCAGGAAGCUGCGCUGAAACUCCUCCUGCUGGAAAGUUUGUUUGUUUGUUUGCGUUGAUUCUUAUCUUGCUGUUCCUCCAAGGCGCUCAGAGCGGCACACUUGUUUUCCCUCCCACUUGAUUCUCACAAUAACCCUGCGAGGUAAGUUAGGCUGAGAAAGACUGGCUGGCCAAAGGUCACCCACGGAGAUUCAUGGCUGCCUGGGAAUUUGAACCUGAAUCUCCUAGAUCUGGUCCAGGAGUGGGGGACCCUUUGCAGCCCCAAAGCAGCAUCCUUCUUCCUCCAUGGGAAUAUUCUGGGGGCCGCAUGCCGGUGAGUUGGACCAGAGAAAAAUAGUGUGUGGAACAACAGCUAUGGCUCUUCCCUUUGACACACACAUUCAACGGGUUCUCCAAUUAUGGAGAGCAUGCGUUACGGGAGGGGAAUCAGGAUGACAAAAUGGCCACUGGCAUGACUGGGCAUAUUUGGUGCUGUUGCUGGGUAGAAAAGCUUGUUGCAAAUUGGUGUAAGGGUCGGCCCCUAGCCUAUAAAAACCCUCUGUGUGACUAUAUUGGUUUCACUUUUGCCAAGCGCUUCAGAUUUCCUGCCCGCCCACCUCCUUUUUUAAGGAUGCUUUGCGUACAGUAUUGACAUUGCUGUGCCUGUCAUGGGGUCGCCUGCCUUGGGGCAGGGGCCCGGUAGGAAUUUUGCCACCUGGCUGAUUGGCUGUUGCCAUUUGGUUUUUGCCUACUACAUAGCAAAUCGUCACAACUUGUAAGGUUGGCGGUUAGGCAUUGGUUAAAAUUGGCUGGUAAGAGAUUGGCUGGAAAGAGGAGUAUGGAAAGAGGAGUAUGGAAAAGCUGGAAAGUUACGCUAAAUUGCUGCUGCUUAUAGAGGUAUUCCAUUAAAGGAAUGAAUGCUGGGGCUCGAACGGCUCUCGUCAGUACCCCGUUAGGGGAUUGGGCCUAACACAGAGCAAAUUCAGCCUCGGGGAACAUUUGAGGGAGGACAAGAAGGGCCUGGUACUCAGCUCCGUCCUCCCUCUGAGAAUGUUUACCUACUGACUUCCACAAAAUGCCUAGAGGAAGUCAGUGCAGAAUCUGUCCCAGGGCGGGGGACAGAUGGGUUAAUCAAUGCCCAAGCAACCACUCACAUUUGAUUGUAUUUUAAUAAAGUUGUGGCCAAAAUACAGCGGUGCCUCGACGUACGAAUUUAAUCCGUUCCGAAGGCUCCUUCGUAAGUCGAAAAAUUCGCAAGUCAAAAAACGCCAUUGGAAACGCGAUUUCCCAAAUGUAUUGGAAACAGAAAAAUUCGUAAGUCGAAGCAACCCGAUCUAAAAAUUCGUAAGUCGAAAAAUCCCUAUCUAAAACCGCUGUGGGUUUUUCCCCGGAUGUCGAGACAUUCGUAAGCGCGGGGCCAUUACCCCUAUUCGUAAGUUGAAAAAUUUGGUUGUCGAGUCGUUCGUAAGUCGAGGUACCUCUGUAAUGCCAAAAACCUUAAACUUAAUUAAUGUGUGUGUGUGUGAAUUUAUUGGGGGGAAUCCGGUGACCUCGACAUGCAAUUACCUCUCUCCAUCCAGGCAGCUAAGAGGCAUUAUCACGGCUGAAGGAUGCUUUUUCCUGCAAGGUGGAAAAGCAUUUGUGGGGCGCGCAGAGCAGGACUGGGGAGUGGCCUGGCCAGGGUGGGUCCCAAAGGUCAGAUGGAGGGGCAUGGAGAGUCUCAUUUGGUCCCAGGGUCUUCGGUUCCUCACGCCCGGUGUAUUCCCAUCACCAGAACUGCUACACCCCACUUAGCAACUGCCCUGAGUUUUUACAACGGAUUUUUAUGAAGCACAUUCACAUCAUAUUGUUGCAACCAGGGUGGAUUUGAUUUAAAUUUUAAGACGUGAUUUAAAUCACUAGUCAGUAAGACUUGGUUUAAAGACUCAUUCUUGCUGUUAUAAUCUUAAUAUUUACAACCAGAUGAAGGUUUCAUUUUUGGAAUAAUAAAUUUUCAGAGUACGUUUUUACAGUUACAUAUAUCUAAAAUGGCUGAUUUGGUUAUACUAUUAGAAAUACAUAGACAGGUAAUUAUGAAAUUAUUGUGAGGUUUAAUAAGUUAACUGUUUAUAUUUGGACAACUUUUCUGCUGUAUGUACUUUAUUGGAAGGAGAAAAAGAAUCAUUUCCUUAAUAACAAUUUAAACAAUUUAUUUAACUAAAACAAUAACAUGAUAGCAUAUGUAUCCAUCUUUGUUAACUGACGUGGUUAAAGAGUUUUUUUAGACUGAGUUUUAGCACACAUGAAAAACUUAAAACAAAUCCUUAUUUCCUGAUGAAUAGCCUUUGGACUAUAAUGUAACUUAAAUAGAAAACUAUCUUUAGAAAGAUUUUUCCUCCAAAAGCAUUUUAUUUUAAAAAUCCAAUUUACCGUAAAAAAACAACUGAUUUAAAUAAAAAAGCCGAUUUAAAUAAAAACAAUCCGAUUUUUUUUAUUUUUUAUUUAAAAAAAAUCCAUGAUUUUUAUCCACCCUGGUUGCAACUCUAAGAAACUUGGCUAGAAACUUGGCGAGGUUGUUUGCUCAUUGCAAUGAAAGGUGAGAUUCUUUAUUCUUCAACCUAUACCACAUUUUGCAGCUUUUUUUUUUUGUUCUGUGUUACAGGGCAUCCUGACCGCCUCUCAGGUGCUUAUUUUCUGCCCUUCCAUUGAACGAAGGUCCCACUAGUGCUUGAACAGCACAGGACAGAAUUGCGUGCAAAACCUACCCCGCGCUGCGCGCAAUCCUAUACAGGCUCUCGUUUAUUUUUUGUUUGAUAACAUUUACAUGCUACUUGACUGCAAACAGAACGCUUAAGCAGUUUACCAACAAAAACCAAACACCCGAUAUUAACACUGUCCAUGAAAUACCAUUAAAAAAACCCCAGGUAUUUCAAAAAAUUGGAAAUAUAGUUAAAAUUAACAGAAAACUAAAGUGGGGAUAAAGCACUUAUCAGUCCGGAUAGGCAGCAGACAAAAAUGUUUUAAGCAGUUGGUGAGAUGUGUAUGGGGAAGAUGCUUCCUUGAUGUCAAUCGGCAGGGAGUUCCAAAGUGUAAAAUAAAAUAUUGAUUUAUUGCAAGGGCAGAACAGGUAUUACUUGGCAUCGGUAGCAGCAACAGCUCUGCAGAUUGACACAAUCAAGUGGGCAUACAUAAAGGGAUCCCACGUAUUGAGCUGGAUGACCCUGGGGGUCCCUUCUAAAUCCACAAUUCUGGGAUUCAGUGAUUUUAAGUAACCUGGGUCCCACGCCGAGGCCACACCUAGCACUAGGUAGGCACAAGACAACGUCAGCCCCACUGAGUAAAAUGGGACCUACUCCCAGGAAAGUGUAGAGCGCUGCAGCUGUAGAAACUGUUUACGAGGCGAUGUUGUGUUUGUAGACCUCUGCCUACACCAAGGAACCUCGUUUUCCACCCAGCCUCCUUAAUUAUAUAGAGCACGUUCUUGCCCUACAUACUGUGAUGGAAAACGGCAAGAGGAAAGCGAGGAGGAAGGAAAAGUAAGAGCGAGACUGUGGACGGGAGGGCGGAGGAUGUUAGAAACUGGGAUCCGAGCCAGGAUAAGGUAUGUAGGACAAAGUCUACCUGAUGGUACAAAGAGCUGAGGUGCUCUCGUUUUACUUUUUACGCUUCUGGGCCCUUGGCAGCUUCCUGACCCAGACAAAUUUAGCAGGUGGGGCUUUUCGGUCCUGCUCCUGGGUUCCAGAUGUUUCACCUGCACAAAGGCACAGGCUGGUGUGAGAGAGGGGAAGUUGCACAAUCAUUGCACUUGGCACCUGUCUCUGUUGGCAGUAAAAGCCUUAAGGAUGUGUACUCAGUUCGUAGCCAGUUCAUACGUAAACAGCAGAAGAAUUGCAGCCUGUAGCUGCACAGCUUUGAGAUCUACUAGGCCUUCGCGACGAGAUAUGGGCGAUGAUCUCACCAGCUCUUAGGGGCAGCCCUUGGACCUGAAGGCCUGUACGGCACAAGUGCCCUCGACUCGUGGGAUACAGACCUGAUGAAGAUAUGACCAUGGACGAAGAGGAGGCACUCAACUCUAUUAUGAAAGAUCUCGCCGCCUUGGGCAAAUGCGGGGGCCUCUUGGACACCAACCGGAACAAAAACCAUGUCUAUUCCAACAAACAGUUGCGGAAUGCGAGGAUCAAAUUUGACCACGAUGGAGAGAAAAGGAUUAUGCAGUUCCAGAGGCCAGUUAAGUUCAAAGAAGUUCUGCAGAAAGCCAUGGACGCGUUUGGGCAGAUGAUGGACUUGCAAUACGCCAACAACGAGCUCCUGAUUCCCCUGAAAUCCCAGGAAGACUUGGACCGGGCAGUGGAACACUUGGACCUCAGCCCUUCUCUGAAGAGCCUAAAAGUGUUUGUGAAAACGGCAAAGAAAACAAACUCUCUGCAACCCAACAACAGCAAGCAGCACGAGAUGAGGAUAUCCAAAUCGAUGGGAGAUAUCUUGGGGUCCCUGUACAAAGAUGCAGAAAGGACACGGAAGCAUUCAACAGGCUCCCUGCACACCGGCCGCAGUUCCCCGCCCCCCGGGAGCGUCCCCGAAGAGCAGCAGCAGAUUGCGCGCCAGGGUUCCUACACCAGCAUCAACAGCGAAGGGGAAUUCAUCCCCGAGAUGAUGGACCAAAACUUAUUGGAGCCUUUCAUCAGCCCAAACGACUCGCUCUCGUCAAGCUGUCAAUCCCUGGAUCGAUCUGGAGACAGUCCCCCCUUUAGCCAAGCACCUGUUUCAAGAAGGGACAAAGACAGCCUUGAUUGCCUAGAUUUUGACAUCCCGUUUUGCGAGAGAUUCGGCAAGGGAGGGACUUUUCCAAGGCAGUAUCACCUGUCCCAGAGCCGCAAGGACUACAGUGACGGCCGGAGAACCUUCCCCAGAAGUUACGCCCCGCCAGAGAACCUCUUCCAGAUCAUGCCGUCCAGCAGGACGAAAAGCUUCAACGGAGACAACAAGCUUGUCACCUUGCGGUACGAGGAACGCGGGGGAAACAAGUGGUGGCACAACUGUGACAAGAUAUUCCAAGGUUUCGGCUCCUCUCCAGCCAAGACGAGGAACACACUGCAGGCCCCAGUGAACUGGAGACUUGGGAAGCUGCUGGGCCGAGGUGCCUUCGGGGAGGUCUACCUUUGCUACGACGUCGACACUGGCCGGGAGCUCUCUGUAAAGCAGGUGCCCUUUGACCCUGACAGCCAAGAGACAAGCAAAGAGGUGAACGCCUUGGAAUGUGAGAUCCAGCUGCUCAAAACCCUCCGUCAUGAGCGGAUCGUCCAGUAUUACGGUUGCUUACGGGACGCCGAGGAGAGAAAGCUUUCCAUCUUUGUGGAAUACAUGCCAGGGGGUUCUAUCAAAGACCAGCUGAAAGCCUAUGGAGCCCUGACUGAGAACGUGACCCGGAAAUACACACGGCAGAUCCUGCAAGGGGUUUUCUACCUGCACAGCAACAUGAUUGUACACAGAGAUAUCAAAGGUGCCAACAUAUUGAGAGAUUCUGCCGGGAACGUGAAACUCGGAGACUUUGGUGCCAGCAAACGCAUUCAGACCAUCUGUAUGUCUGGAACAGGGAUGAAGUCUGUCACGGGGACGCCAUACUGGAUGAGCCCCGAGGUGAUCAGCGGGGAAGGAUACGGAAGGAAAGCUGACGUGUGGAGUGUGGGCUGUACAGUGGUGGAAAUGCUGACCGAGAAACCACCCUGGGCAGAAUUUGAAGCCAUGGCCGCCAUUUUCAAGAUCGCCACGCAGCCCACAAAGCCCCAGCUUCCAGACGGCGUCUCGGACUACUGCCGCAGCUUCCUCAAGUUGAUCUUUGUGGAAGAGAAGCGGAGGCCCACCGCGGAAGACCUCCUGAGGCACCCCUUCGUGAGCUUUAGCCUCUAGCAGACCUUCCCGUUAUCGGGAGGGGCGGGGAAAGGACCAAAGAUUCACACCAUCGCGGAGGACUGAGCAACAGGACCAAAACCGCAAACUUCCAGAUCCAACCUCAAUUUCCUGUUUGGGUUACUGCCAUAUGUGCUGCGCUGUGUUGACAAUCACGCCUUGUUGGCCAGGUGGCUUCCAUCUUGCCAAGUCUCCAAAGCGUACUUGCGGCCAUCUUGGCUUUUGGGGGGGGGCUGAUGGGUCCCUGAGAUGGAGGGAUUUGGAGGAAUUGAGGUGAUGCUGGCAAGGAGGACAUCUUGCCUUACGAACGCCAGUGAAUUAUCUGCUUGCGUGACGUGUCUGUUAGGGUCUCACGGACUUGAUCAGCCACGAAAGAACAAAAAAUUAAGGAAGUUUUGGCAGCCUCUUGUCAGCAGACCAGAGCACCCAGGCAAAAGAGCUGAAAGCCGCAGAAUGGGCUGGGUGCUCUGUAGAACUAGCUUGUCACCCGGUUGGCAACCGUUAAAAAAAGCAGGCGCGGUGUGAAGCCAGUGGAAAUAAAUCGCCAGCACAAAAGAGCAAAGGCACAUAUCUACUUCUGUUUGAAAAAGGAGAAGCCAUUACUAAGUCCUAGAAGCAAAGAGUUCUGGUGCACAUUGAACUGCCUUUUGCUGUUGGGAGCAGAAAGCAAAGAGGAUUCCUUUGUAUAUUGAGUGGCAAUUAUAAUCCAGAGGGCAAACAUAGCUGCAAUCCAUCCUAAAGUUAUCAAGUCAGGGAUAUGACUGCAAACGUGAUCGUGUCAAACAGGAAACCAUGGGAAUUGUAGAACCUUAUAAAAUUCCCACAAAGCUAUCUUUUCCUUGGACCCAGUUCUAUCCAACCCACCUAGCAGAGAAAUAAUUGUUUAAAAUCCCCAGAGAUUGAGACAACAGCAGGCUGUCUCUGCAAUAUAUUCCCUUGCCCGGAACCCUAAGCAGGAGGUUGCUAAAUGAACCCACAAGCUGACGCUUGGCUCUGCUUAGUGCAAUUGUAAGGGGCCAGUUUACACGUUAAAGACCCCCGUCCUGCUUAUUUGCAAUGGAGGCUCUCAAAAAACAUUUUCCUGAGGCGGAAGUAACGUUUUAAAAUGAUUUACUACUAGAGCUGCAAUGUACACAAUGCAAUCCUAGCCGUUAGAAAUAAGUCCUUCUAAAUUCAAUGGGAAUCCCUUCCAGGCCACUGUGUGCAGGGUUGCAGCUUUUGUCAGAUCAAUUGGAUUAAUCAGUUGUUUAUUUUUAUUGAUUAAAAAGUGCCCACCCCCCAUUAAUUGCCAGCAGGUUUUUUUUAAAAUGUAUAUAAUUUUCUUUUUAUGGAAGCGCUUCUGCAAACUACAGCUGUCAGGUGCUGUCUUAAAAGAAACAUUCCCUCUUCUAAGUUGAUGCCUGUUGUGGCACAUUUAUACAUAACCUAAAACCUAAAAUGUAUAAAUGUGUUGUGGCACAUUUAUACAUAACCUAAAACCAAAGAAAGUACUACCUAUCUCGUUUCUUCGGAAUGAUUAUUUAGACGAACAUUUAAUUGGUUUAAUUGGUUAAUCAACUAAACCCCUAUGAAGAAUUGAACUAAGAUUAAUUUGGGUGACAGCCAAAAGCAUUCGCCAAAAGCAUUGCCCCCGAACCUUACAUAUCCUCAGUGCCGUGGCAAUGCUACAAAUGCUACAUGAGCUUAGGAGGAUAUACAUGCUGAGGAACAUUAAAAUGGUAGGGACCUUGAUAAGGACCUUGUUCAGCAGCCUACAAGUGGACGUUAUUAUAUUCAAUUGUAGUCGCAAGUCACAGAAAAUUGUAUCUGGUUAUCUCCUUCCUGAGUUGAUCGACGUUGCUCAAUGCCAGUUUAGCAAUCCUUUGGAAACAUGGCAAAUAACAGCAGAUCCCACGGCAAUGGGUUUUUUUUUAGUAUCUCCCCACCCCACCCCUCAACCACACACCCCCAAAAAUCAGAUUGUGUUCCAAAGUGUAUUCUAUAUUGUGUGGCCUAAGUCAGUUGUGCAUUUUAAGCAAAUGUGUGUUCUUUGCAUAUGUUUUGCUUCGUUUACAUGAUGUCUUCUGCUGCCCACAGUAGAAAUACGAGGAGUUCUGUGCGUGACGCUGGAGCCCGGCUCCUCUCCAUCCCCACAUUCUGGCCGUGCCUUUGAGCGCCUAAAAUUUCACUAGGCAAAGGCACAUGUUUUCUGGAUCACCUCUACAGCCAUAAAGACCUAAAACAAGCAGAGAUUGUCUGGAUGCCGAAUCUUGUGCCCGAUCUCAGUUGUUUUGGAUUACACAGCGUGUUUCAAUAUAAGUGGAAUUCAGCCAGCUCUGGCUGAGGGCGUGAUUGCGUCCCACUCAUUAAUUUUUUUACCUGUACUACUCCAAAAACCGGUUUCAACUAGGCAGUGGAAUUGUAGUAAGCUGGUAGAAUAGACAAGACCGUGACGAUCAAAUGGUCUUUUCUUGAUUUGAGAAGGCUCCCUCGGACUCUGCUUGUAUGCCAGUUCUCAUUGGAGUUUCUGUUUUCAUUUUUUAAGGGACGUGAUUCCCCAGUCGCCAUUUUUCCCCCCCAUAUAUUAACGCUUGCCCUGAAGAAUUUGAUUGCAGAUUGCUGGUUCUAACCCCCUGCCAUCUGGAUUUCAUUCUUGCUCCACAGGGAGCGCUGGGGGGGGGGGAUGUUAAUACUGAAGGAUGAAAAUGUCAAAAGGCGGAGAGGCUUUGCCUGGGCAGGGCUGCAACAUGACCUACUUUUCAAAAGAUCUGCUCACAAGUUUCACGAGAUGGUGUCUAAGGCCUUAUUUGCACACCCAGGAAAAUCAGAAGUUGGUGUCUCGGGGGUUGAUACCGCGAGGAACCGACCCCUGUCUACGCCAGCAUCAAACGCGAGGGUCUGUCAGUCAUACCAACCCUUAUUUUGAGUCAUUCAUUGGAUACUGAGCGCUCUCUGUCGCACUGCAAACUCCAACCACCAAGCAAAAACAACCCUGUUCCUGUGUACGAGAUUGCUUAUCCGAGGACGAAAAAGGGCAGUGAACCCAAACGCGGCUCAUUUUACCAAGUUUCUUGCCUCUUGCUUCUUGCCUUCAUUUCGCCCUCUGAAAAGUGUGAGCAGAUCCAAGGGUUAAAACGAGUUGAAGGAGUGUUGAGCCAGAAUAUCUGAUGCUCUGAAUCAAAGAAUGGGAACCCAUGACUCUCCACUUGCGCUUGGACUCCCCACCCCCCAUCAGCCCACGUGAACCUGGUCAGAGAUGAUGGGAUUCGGAGUCCAACAGUAUCCAGAGGGCCACAGGUUCGCCAUCUCUGAUUCUGACAGAGCCAUUUGCUCACCAGGCAGUCUUUAUCUUGUUCCACUUUUGCUGCAAGUACUUCUUUUCCUUAUGUACCUCCCAACUGGGCUGACCUGGAUAUCAUGACACAGGACUUUACCCCAGUUGGCGCAUUGAUCACCCCUGCUUAUUUCGGCGGCUCCUGCCACAGCAUACGCAGCCUUUGCCACCGAUAUACUGAUGUCACCCUAUCCCCUUCCAUGUUUAUAUGUAUAGAGUUGUGAAGUCCUUCCUCCUCGGGUACCUUUGCUUUUCUCCUCGUCAAAAUCUCUCGCAGUGAUUCAGGUUCAAAAGAGAACAAGGCAGAAGUGUGAGGCAGGGGGAGGUGGGAAGCAAAUUGUAUGACUUGUUCAAAAGGCACAUAGCCUAUCAGGAGGUAAGUUCCAGGUGUGUCGUGGGGACACCGCUUUUGAAAGCACUGCAAUCUCAUCCCAAAGACGACAUCAUCAUGUAGAUAGUGAUGUUGCUGUUUGUUGUCUGUCCUUGCACAGGAGGGAAAAAAAGGUUAGGAGUGAAACUGUAUAUCUAACUUUACAGAUCCAGCCCUCAAGCAGAUCUCUGAAGCUGGUGUGAAACUGGAUUAACAGUUGCACCUUCCUGACAAGGAGUUGGGGAAGUGGCGGUUUUGCAUUAUCUGGGAAACCUAAAAAUUACAGAUCCUUAAUUGUCCACACAACUACAGUUCCUUGGCUACAGCAGCCAGGGCGGGGGGAAAACCCAUCUUGAAAGUUGUUUAAAUUCAUAAUACAGACAUAAUCAUGGAUCUAACACUUAGAAGGGACCAAAGAGCCAUUUAGUCUAUUGCUGCACGCAUAGGGAAACCAAUAGCUUUGGGUACAGAAAUGUCUCCUUUGCAUUCUGGGGCUGGGGGACCUUUUUUGUGAGCCAGAGGGCCACAUUCCCUGCUGGGAAACCUUCCAAGGGCCACAUGGCAGCGGUGACUGGGGCCACAGGCAAAAGUGAGGGGAGCAUAAAUUUUAUUUUGUACCUUAUUUAUUAGGUUAGUUUCUCUACACAACAAACACACCCUUCCUCUCGGCUAUCCAGACAAGCAAGGGGCAUAACAGGGAGGGUUCCGAGGGCCAGAGCCGAGAAGCCCAGGGGCCGCAUUUGGCCUGAUAUUCCCCACCCCGGCUGCCGCAUAACCAGAGCAAGAUUGCUUCCUCUAAGACACCUAUAAAGAAUUGUACUGGAUGAAAUCCAACUUAACUUGUGAUUGCUUAGUUCCAUUGACUUCAGUGGGUCUGCAGUAUGAUCAGCACCGAAUCUUGCCUAUUAUUUUGGGGGGGAGCGGGAGAAUAUUAAAGCCUGUUAGGAAUGAGGUUUAAUUAAAAGGGAAAACAAUGCAUUCAGUUCUGAAGCUUGAAAUGUGAAUGAAUGAGUUUAAUAUAAACUGAAUAAGCAAUAUAGGUAUAUGCACUCAUUUCUAGAAACGAGUGUUCUCGAACUUCAGAGUUGAAAACUGGACGAGUGUUAUGAGGUUAAUUUUUGGACUCAAGUUGUGGGGGAAUGAAGUAUGUAUCCAUCCAUUUCCAUUUGUUUGCAUCUGAGCUAAGAGGAGGAAGAGAAAUUAGCUUGCAGAAUGCCAAUAUCCCCUUUGCCCUGUUCUUGCACUCAUAGGUGGAUCCCAGUUCAAAAGAUCCCAUCGCAUCCAGAUCCGUUUGCACAUAAGAAGGGUCACAUUGUCCCACAAAGCAAUGGGGGCAUCACACACACUGCCAAACUGUAGCGUGAACGAGGCAUGGGCUGCGUGCUGAAUCCUGGUUGUAAAACUGCCCACUUUGCAAACCAUUAUCAUAGUAUAAAUACCACUGUUAAAGCGCUUUAUCCUCGAGAUAGGUUCAUACUCUACAAUGGUAUGGAUGAUUUUAAAUAUUGUAAAUUAUUAGUUCUAGAAGGAUUUGUUGAUAGGAAGAAAAAAAAAGAGUUACUGGGGCACAUUGUUGAAUGUACUUUGUUAAAUGCUGUAAAUGCUGUUAUCUUCUCUCCCUCCCCAAAUGCAUGAAAUAAAAUAUUUUUAAAUUUUGUGGUAAUAGGAGGGCAGAUUUCUGAUUUAUUUUUUUAAGAGGGGAGGGAAUAAGAAACACACUGACUGCAGCCUGGUGAAAUGUUUCAUUCUGGAAGAGCAUCACACAUCUGAUCAUAUCUGUUCAUCCACACUUGGGAAAAUCAGAGCAGAAAUGCUUAAUUUUAUUCAUUUAGUAAGGAGCAUAAAGAUACCCCUUUAUACCAGCAAAGGCUGUAGGUGUUUGGUGUUUCAAGUCUGCCAGUUGGCAUUCUUAGAUGAUGCACUGACUGUCAGAUCAGCAGCUUGUGAGAGCCAGCGUGGUGUAGUGGUUAAGAGCGGUAGACUCGUAAUAUGGGGAACCGGGUUCGCGUCUCCGCUCCUCCACAUGCAGCUGCUGGGUGACCUUGGGCUAGUCACACUUCUUUGAAGUCUCUCAGCCCCACCCACCUCACAGAGUGUUUGUUGUGGGGGAGGAAGGGAAAGGAGAUUGUUAGUUGCUUUGAGACUCCUUAGGGUAGCGAUAAAGUGGGAUAUCAAAUCCAAACUCCUCCUCCUUUUUGUGUAUGGUCAUUAUAGCCCGUGAGAAUUUCUUUCAGGAAGAAUGACCAAGAGUCUCGUGGUCCCUUAAAUAUUUAUUGCAAAAACACCAACUAAGGAUUCUGUGGCACCUUAAGCAAACACUAACAAAUAUAUAACGGCAUAAGCAUAAUGCGUCUGAUGAAGCUGACUGUAGCCUAUUUAAGCUUGUGCCAUGAAGAAUCUAAUCAUAGAAUUGUAGAGUUGGAGGGGACCCCGGGGUCAUCUAGUCCAACCCCUUGCAAUGCAGGAAUCUCAACAAAAUCACACUAACUUUGUUAGCUGUUAAGGUACCACAAUAGUCUCCAUUGCUUUUGCUGCAGCAGACUAACACAGCUGCCCUUCUGGAAGUUUUCUGUGGUAUGUAUAAGCCUUUGUAGACUGGAGUUCAAUUUGUCAAGAUACAUGGAAGGUCCACAGGUCCACAGAGGUCUACACGUGAUAUACAUUCUGGUUGCAAGCAGUGGGACACUGAGAACUGAAACGCAAAGGGUUACAGUAGAUCAGAGGUUUUCUACACAGAGCCAUAUGCACCCUGAGGAUCAUCCAGUCCAAACCCCUGCAAUGCAGAAAAACUCAGCUAAAGCAUCCAUGACAAAUGGCCGUCCAACAUCUGCUUAAAAACCUCCAAGGAAGGAGAGUCCACAACCUCCCGUGGGAGACCGUUCCACUGCCGAGCAGCUCUUACUCUCAGAAAGCUUUUCCAAAUGGUUAGUCGGAAUCUCCUUUCUUGCAACCUGAAGCCACUGAUUCGAGUCCUAUCCUCCAGAGCAGAAGAAAAUAAGUUUGCUCCAUCUUCCGUGGGACAUUUGAAUAUAUUUGAAGAUGGCUCUCAUAUCUCCUCUCACUCGCCUCUUUUCCAGGCUCAACAUACCCAGCUCCUUCAACCGUUCCUCAUAUGGCUUAGUUUCCAGACCUUUGAUCAUCUUGGUCGCCCUCCUCUGCACACCUUCCAGCUUGUCAACAUCCUUCUUAAAUUGUGGUGCCCAGAAAUUAACACAGUAUUCCA